AAGCCGGCGUUUUAUGAUUUGGUGGGCAAAUACAAGUGGGAGGCGUGGACUAAGUUGGGCGACAUGUCCACCACGGAGGCCAUGGAGGGCUACGUACGGGUGUUCAUCGACUCUCUCAACAAUAUGCAGUUGACCGACGAAGACAUGGAUGUGUUUGAACCGCUGGUGCCGUUCAAGAAGUAUUUGCCCGAUCAAAUACUCAAUAAUAUUGCUUUAAAGCCGGCGUUUUAUGAUUUGGUGGGCAAAUACAAGUGGGAGGCGUGGACUAAGUUGGGCGACAUGUCCACCACGGAGGCCAUGGAGGGCUACGUACGGGUGUUCAUCGACUCUCUCAACAAUAUGCGGUUGACCGACGAAGACAUGGAUGUGUUUGAACCGCUGGUGCCAUUCAAAAAAGAAGAAACGAUGAGUGCGGAGGAAAACUUUGCGGCGGCGGUGAAAGUGAUCCGAUGUUUGCCAAAGUCCGGCCACUAUAAGCCGUCGGAUGAGCUGAGGCUACAGUUUUACGCCUACUUUAAACAGGCGACCGAAGGGCCCAAUCAGACCAAAAAGCCGGCGUUUUAUGAUUUGGUGGGCAAAUACAAGUGGGAGGCGUGGACUAAGUUGGGCGACAUGUCCACCACGGAGGCCAUGGAGGGCUACGUACGGGUGUUCAUCGACUCUCUCAACAAUAUG